AUGCGAAUUGCGUCUAGUAUAUUGAAGAUGGCGAAGGACACCGUGCUCGAAGGCGUCUUCGCCAUCAACAAGCCGUACGGCAUGAGCUCCGCGCAGGUCAUUCGCGAUGCUCAGACGCAGAUGAAUCCGUCGGCGAUGUUCAAGCCCUUGAUCGAGAGGGAGAUCGCCGCUAAGAACGCAACUCCCUCGCACGAAUGGAAGCGCCGCCGCCAAGUCAAGAAGGACACCCGCGUGAAGAUGGGACACGGCGGAACGCUCGAUCCUAUGGCUACCGGUGUUCUCAUUCUCGGUGUCGGAACGGGAACCAAAUCCCUCGGUUCAUUCCUCGACUGCACCAAGACAUACGAGACCGUAGUGGUUUUCGGCACAAGCACAGACACUUACGAUCGCGUCGGAAGAAUAUUGAGCAGGAGACCCUAUGAUCACAUCACCAAGGAACAGGUCGAAAAGGCUUUGGAUGGUUUCAGGGGCAAGUUCGAGCAGAUUCCGCCUCUCUACUCUGCGCUCAAGAUGGAGGGCAAGCCCUUGUAUGAAUACGCCCGAGAAGGCAAGGCCAUCCCGAGAGAAAUCGCCGGUCGCGAAGUCGAAGUCACAGAGCUUGAGCUUGUCGAGUGGUACGAGCCCGGAUCGCACAAUUACAGAUGGCCUACCGAGGAAGCCGAGACCGCAGAGAAGAACCUUGCAGAGCAGGUUUGGCGGGUGAAGAAGCAGCAAGACACCAACGGCGGCAGGAAGUUGUCCCCAGCGGAGGAGAAAGAAGAGGAGAAGGCCAUUUCCGAGCAUGAGUCUUUUAAGAAGAAGUUUGAGGAGCGCCAGGAUAACCUCAUCCGAGACAAGCCUCCCAAGAAACAGCGCCCGCCAAAGAGUAAGGCUCUCAUGUCUGGUGCUCUUGGACAGCUGCCUGCCGGAAAGGGCUCCAACCUCAUAGCUCCACCACCUUCGGAGGAUGAGCCCUUCCCAUGGACCGAUAAAGGCCCUCCGGCCGCCAAGAUUCGGAUGACAGUCACGUCUGGUUUCUACGUCCGCAGCUUCUGCCACGAUCUGGGGGCGAAGGUUGACUCUGCUGGUAUCAUGGCCGAGUUGGAACGUUCGCGACAGGGCGACUUCGAGGUUCGCACCGAAAACUGCCUGGAAUACAGCGAUCUCGGCGAGGGCGAGGACGUCUGGGGCCCCAAGCUCACUAAAAUGCUGGCCUCCUGGCAAGAGAAGUACCCUACCGGAGCGCCGCAACCGCAGAACCAGCGCAAUGGCAACCCACAACAGCAAGAUAACUCUCGCAACAAUAACCAGCAGAAGAAGCGCAAGUGGGGCGAUGACAGAAAGAACAACGAGGACGACAGAAAUGCCAAAAAGAGAAGAAACUCUAGCUCGGAUGAGGGUGAAAAGCCCUCCAAGGCGCCCAAGGUUGAGGUCAAGACUGAGGAAGUGAAGGCGUCCCCUAAGGGCUCUCCUAAGGGUUCACCCAAAGGCUCACCCAAAAGUUCGCCCAAGGCAAAGACCCCAACAAAGGCAGAGGAGGCUGAGUGGGAGGGAAUCAAGGACUGA